AUGGAAACCGGAGGAAACAGAAGAUCUGGCAAAGAUGAUCGGGGAAAGAACAAAGGCAAGAAAAGGAUGGAAAACGAAGAAGAAGAAAUAAGUGAAGAAGAGAUGCCCAGAAACAUCAUAUUUAUGGAAAAUGAGAAAAAUUCAAAAGGAAAACGUGUAAAAGUUUCUGAGGAAGGAAACGAUUGUCCUUCCAGUUGGGACUGGAGAAACUAUAAGGGAGUAAUUAGUAACGUCCUUCAGCAACAUCAUCACUUUAUAUGUUGGGCGAUUUCUUUUAUUCGAGCAGUUGAAGCCCUCUACAACAUCGGCCAGAGAGUUGAUGAACAAAGGUCCUACCUUGUGAACAAUGUCAAAGUUGGGAAGCUCGGGUUGGAAGAUCGAAAAACCCUCGGAGAUUUUGUUCAGAAAAACGGUUUGUUAGAUGAAGCGGAAUGCUCAUACAAACGGGCCAAAGGAACAUGCGCCCAUGAGAAUCCCAACAUUGAGAGAAUAGAUCGAUUGGCUAUAAUUAAUCAAGUAGAUGAUGCUGACCUUGCACGAUUGGUGUGGAGACAUCCUGUUGUUGGGGUUUUGCCUAUGUGGCCUGAUUUUGAUGAACAUAGAGAGGGUAUUUACAGACCUAGAGAGAGAGCCGGUAUCAAUCAGCUUCAUGCAGUUCUGAUUGUGGGUUUUGGAGUGGACAACAAUGGAAGUUACUAUUGGAUUAUUCAAAAUAGUGCAGGAAGAGGUUGGGGAGAAGGUGGGUUUGGUCUUAUUCACAGGGAACAUAGAAGAGGGAGACCGUCCUUAUUUGUGGAAGUCUUCUACCCUGAAAAAAGGGGCUAUCCACGUAAGAAGUAG